ACAACAAGGCGGUCAAGACCGCCUUAUAUAAAAGUUUGUAAUUAUUAUUUGUAUGAUCAUGGGAGUAUGGGAUUAGGCAAUCGAUUUUUUUUUUUUAAAAAGUAAGGCCGUAACCGUAAGGGAUGGAAUUUGCUGUUUUGAGGGUUAUAUUAGCAUGCUGGAAACUUAUAGGAGCGCGAUUUCGGUUUAUUUGAGGAUGUUGCAUAUCAUAAUUGUAAAUUUGCAUAUGGGUUUUAAGAAUUUGGGUGCCCUUACAGAGUGAAAAAUGGGAAAUGCUUUAUUUUGUUGACUGGAAAAUGGAAGGGAUGUUAAUGCAACCUUAUGACAAGGGUAGAAGCAAAUGUUUCCAUGGUGAUAGCUGAUACCAAGUAAUAUGGUAGAUCAAAGUAAUUAUCAAUUACAGGGCAGUAUACAGAUCAAUAUGGAAGUUCAGAAGAGUGAAUCUGCAACAAAACCAUCUGCUAGUGCACCUGUUGCAGCAGCAGCGACUUCAUGCCGGAAGAAGAAGAGCGAACAAGCAGCUUUCCUAGAGGAUUUAAAGGACCACAUUGACGAGUUUGUUCAUGCCUCAAUGGAUGAACACAAAGACUGCUUCAAGAAAACCAUCAAUAAGAUGUUUGGGUUGUCAAAGAAAGUUGCAGAGAAAGAAAAGAGUGCUGCUGAACAGAAGGAAGUUGAAAGCAUUCUGCCUCUUCAGACAACAGUUUCAAACUAGACCACUGCAGACUCGUUUAGGGUUACUUAACUUUUAGAAAUGUCAUUAGUAGUUUAGAAUAGAGGUGCAAAGAACUUGAUGCUCGUUCCUUGCUCCUAUUAGCACAGCACUCGUGCGCUGGUUUAUUGUUUAAGUAGUUGUAUUUACCUAAUUAACCCUAAAGACGAUGAUGUUUUUACUCGA